UCAAAAUGGCGGCUGCGCUGGACCCUCAAAGCGAGCAAAAAAGAAUGAGUUUGAAAGAAAAAGCUAAGCAGCAAUUAAGGAAAUUUGAUGUUGGAGACAGAUUUUCUCAUUUACCAUUAGCAAAAGCCUCUGUUCUUGUGCCGCUGAUGGUUAGAGAUGGGAAGCUGUGUGUACUUUUCACUGUCAGAUCAAUGAAGUUGGCAAGAUCACCAGGAGAAGUGUGUUUUCCAGGAGGCAGGAGAGACCCAACAGACACAGAUGAAAUAGCCACAGCUCUCCGGGAAGCCAGAGAAGAAGUGGGGCUUCACGCAGAACAGGCUGAAGUAAUCUGUAAGCUUGUACCUGCAAUAGACAAAACUCGCUCUAUAGUAACUCCAGUAGUAGCUUUCAUAGAAGACUCAUUCCAAGCCCAUCCUAAUCCAGAAGAAGUCAGUGAUGUAUUUUAUGUGCCACUGGACUAUUUUAUUCAUCCUUCAAAGUAUAAGGUCCACCAAGUUCAAAUGCUGGGAAAGGGUGUUCCAGUACACUUCUUUGAAUAUGAUGAUCUAGAGCGUAAUACCUCAUAUAAAAUAUGGGGACUCACAGCACACUUUACUGUCUUUAUUGCUCUUGCAAUUUUUGGAGAAAAACCAACAUUUGAAAUUGACUAUGAUCUUGAUAAUUUGAUUUCUUCAUCUGAGAACAAUUUCAUGGAAUUAUAUAAUAUAACAAAGAACAAACUUUAA